GAACUUUAGUCAGAGUAAACAGCUGGUGACUUGCAAAAGAACUAUUUUGUUGAUCUAUUAGAGAUAUAGUUUCUAUUGGGAGCUAGAGCAUUCAGAUUCUAAAAAAAAUUAAAUAAAAUCAUGUCUAAAGUGAAAUAUUUUUAUGAUUUGCUGUCCCAGCCAUCUAGGGCCUUAUGGAUUUCCCUGCAAUUGGGUAAAAUACCCUAUGAAGAUUGUCCAGUUGCCCUGCGAAAAGGUGAACAGCGUACUGAGGAGUUCAAGAAAAUCAACCGUUUCCAAAAGGUGCCCUGCAUUGUAGAUGGUGACUUCCAUUUAAGUGAAUCGGUGGCUAUUUUAAGAUAUUUAUCGGACAAAGGUCUGUUCAGCGAAAAACUCUAUCCAAAAGAUUUGAAAAAUCGUUCUCGGGUUGAUGAAUUUUUGGAAUGGCAUCAUUUGUCCAUACGUUAUGGUUGUGCCUUCUAUUUUGCUCGUCUCUGGCUGUAUCCCGCCAGAGGUUUGGCUGAGAAACCAUCGGCCGAAGAGGCUGCAAAAUAUCGAAAUGAAAUGGAGAAUAAUUUGAAGUUAAUGGAGAAAAUGUGGCUUCAAGAUAGUAAAUUUGUUAGCGGUAAUUCGUUGACGGUGGCCGAUCUAUUCGGUGCCUGUGAAAUUGAACAGACAAAAAUUUGCAAUUAUGAUGUUUCGGAGAAAUUCCCAAAAAUAUCUGAAUGGUUGGCCAGAGUACGUGAAGAAUCGAAUCCGUUCUAUGAUGAAGGUCAUAAAUAUGUCAACAAGUUGGCUGCAAUCAAUGCCAAAGCAUAAAUUCAAUAAUAGUGAGAACAAAACUGCCAAUGCAUUUAAAUUUGUAUAUACUUAUAUGUGUGUACAUUAAGGAACCAGAUUCAAAACUGUGUAUUGAUUUUAUCUAUAAACCGUUAAAGUUGAAAAUGUAAAUAAAUAUAAUUGUUAUCAAUUUUAAAAAGUAA